GCGAGUGGCGAUAUCCCAUCAUCUCGUCGAUCGUCGCGGACUGGGCCUCAGUCGCAUUCCCCUACUCGUUCCCUCGACGUCUCCUCACCACAAGCCGCCAUGCCCUUCAGCCACCACUCGCACUCGGGCCAGUUCUGCAAGCAUGCGAAGGGGACGCUGGAGGAGGUCGUGCAGGAGGCCAUACGGCAGAAGUUCCAGCUCUUCUGCCUCACGGAACAUGUCCCGCGAUACCGCGAGGAAGACCUCUAUCCCGAGGAGCAAGGCACCUCCCUGCAUGACCUCUCCUCGCAAUUCCAAGCCUUCCUAGAGGAAGCCCACCGUCUGAAGAAGCUCUACGCGCCUCAAAUCACCAUCCUUGUUGGUCUUGAGACCGAGUACAUCACCGACAUCGACCUCGCGAAGAUCGAGGACCUACUACGCGAACAUCCCAGAGAAAUCGAGCUCCUCGUCGGCUCCGUCCACCAUGUCAACUCCAUACCCAUCGACUUCGAUAAGGACACCUUCGAAGGAGCCCUCAGCGGCUUCGACUCGUCCAAGGACUUCCUCGGCUCGUAUCUAGACUCGCAAUACGAAGUGAUGCAACGACUGAAACCAGAAGUUAUCGGCCACUUCGACUUAUGUCGCCUCUAUACGCCUAAUCAGAGGCUGGACGAACACGAGAGCGUCUGGGGCCGAGUACAACGGAACAUUCAGUUCGCUAUCGGGUACGGCGCGCUAUUCGAGAUCAAUGCGGCGGCUUUCAGAAAGGGAUGGAGCACCGCUUACCCAGGGAAGGAGGUCCUGCAGUACAUCCUCGCAAACAAGGGCCGCAUAACGUUGUCAGACGAUAGCCAUGGUCCGCAAGCCGUAGGCCUGAACUAUACGAGAAUGAAGAAGUACCUUCAAGGGAACGGGGUCAAGGACGUCUGGCGCUUACGACAGUCAAGUUCGCCGAAUGUGGCAGGGCGGUAUGUAGAGGCUGUCUUGGCGGACAACGUCUUCGACAAUCCAUUUUGGGUGGGCCGAGAAUAAAGCCAGUGAAGAGUCGAUGGGUUGAAGCAGGCGACGUAGAGCAGGAGGCAGCGCGCUGCGCCAACGACGAUCAAUAGCAAUGUAGCAUAGGCAGCGCACCAUGCUGUGAAGUAGUCUACCAAGACAAGAGAACAGGGAGUAAACCUUCUAGACCCUCGGCUUCUUCCCUCUGGUACCACCAAUCUUGAGGGGCGUGCUGUCGAUCACGUACUUGACGUGGGGUCUAAUCUUCUCCCCCUCCGCGGUGAGGAAGGCCGUUUGCACGGCUUGCCUGCCCUUUCCGAAGCCUGCGAGGUUCAGCUCGAUGUGGAUGCCUGAGUGACCCUGUGAUUGGGCCUUCUCGAUGAGGUCCUGUACGUAUUGACAAUCCGUCAGUACGCCCUUCAAGUGCAAAACAAACAGACGCACUUCCAUCAUCUUGAACGACUGCACCGCACACUGAUAUCCCGCCUCGUAUGUCUUCCUCCCCGAGCGCUUGAACCC